AUCCCCGUUAGGAAUAAGAAUAUUAUUGUGAUCUCGCUCUUACUUAUAAGCUAGCAUUAAGAGAUAAGAAUGUAUACAUAGCUCACUGAAAAACGCAUACACACUUGAGAGAGCAUAGAAAAAAGAGGAAUAGGCGAGACGCGUCAUUCGGUGGCGUGCGCUUGAAGAGUAAAGUUGAAUAAAGGAAUUGUGAGAUUAUUUAAAAGAUAUAGUGCGUAUAUUCAUUUUUCGGCGUCCACAACAUCAGAAGUGGUCAUUACCCACUAUGCCUGACAUUAUAUGGAGUGAAUUCUCAGUGACCCAACUAAAGAAGUGGUUGGAAGCUCUGGGACGCCAGACUUCCGGCACAAAAGCGGAAUUAAUAGUGCGUCUGCAGGCCAUUUCCCCAGAAACGCGUGGCGAUUCACCGCCAAAUAACGGAUCAGCAACAGAAGAGGUGGAGGAAUUGGAUGGAGCUGCAGCCUGGCCAAAGCAGAAGGAGCCACAGGGUGGAGACACGCGCGCGAUCCCGUUCGACGAGCAGUCAUUGCUGUCAGAAUCUUUGGAGAACCUCGACCUGGAUCAGCUAUCGUUGGUGGAUACAGAGAGAGCCACUCUAAAAAAGCUUCGGGACGAGAUAGAGGCAAACAUGGCUGUGCUGCAGAGGAUCCAAGCGGAUAUCGACGACGCAAACAAGAGCAAGUCUGCUCAAGCUCGCCAGAUCAAUGACGUCAUCGAGAACAACAGCAACGGAGACCGCGACAAUGUUAACAUAUGCGCUAACAGCACCGACGCCAAUGUUUACAGCAUCGACGCCAAGGCUAACAGCACCAAGGUGACUAUCGCCGCCGACAACAUCGAUAUGGGACAUACCAGUGUUGGAAAAGAAACCGCUGGUAGUGUUGUUCAGCACCAGAGUCGAAUUGUAAACAAGCUUCUGGAAUCUCCUGCAACAUCCCUUGCCUUGGCUAAAGAGGUAACGAUGGAGUUUGACGGCAGCUUAUGUGCGCGCAACUGGGUCACGCAGUUUCAGAACAUCGGAAAAAUUUACAAUUUGGACGACGGAUGCAUGCACAUGCUGCUAAUUGCCAAACUAAAAGGAGACGCACAGCGCUGGCUGCACGCAAGCGCCACACGCAUCCUAGAAUCUACCGACCAGCUGUGCGAACAGUUAAUCUUGACAUUCGAGGUCAAGAUGUCAAAAGGGGAACUGAGGAAUGCAUUUCAAAAACGCGAAUGGCAUCCGGAUGAGAAAUUUGCUGUUUACUUCGAGGACAAGGUGAUGCUGGCCAACGACAUCAACAUCGAUCUAGAGGAGCUUCUGGAAAACAUCAUUGAGGGAAUCCCAGCACCAGCGUUGCGCAACCAGGCGCGCAUACAGUGUUUCUCCGAGCCGAUGCAAAUUCUACGGGCUUUCUCGGAAGUCCGCCUGCCGAAGCACAAAACAGGGAGCGGUUCAGCAAAGCGCCUUGCUGGAGGAGGUGCAACCAAUAAGGACUUACGAUGUGCCAAUUGCAACUCCAAAGGGCACUUCGCCAGGGAGUGUCUCAAGCCAAAGAGGGAGCCCGGAUCCUGCUAUGCCUGUGGGGCAUUUGGACACUUCGUCGGACAAUGCGCGGAGCGCAAGAGCGCCAAUAUCAACAAUUAUAAACUAAUUAUGCAGUUCACCAGGAGCCGUUUGUUACUAUCGAUGGCCGUGCUAUCGGCACUGCUAUCGUUAUCGCUGGGCUUUCCCGCUCCUCAGCAAACAAAUUCGGAACUGGAGGCAAAUUUCCAGGGUACCAGCGAUCCCGACUUGAAUCCUAUCAACGCAGAGGAGGUGUUAGGUGUCCAGGAGCGCAACAAAAGAAAACUGCCCGAUGCCACAUUCGAGGCUAAGAACGCAGUGCUCGGUUUUGUGUUUGGCAAAAUCGACAACUUCCUGGAUACAAAGACGCGGGUGAUCGAGCAGCUGGACCGAUCGAAUAUCGAGAAGAACAAGCAGUGGGACAUCAAGUCGCCGGUGCCCAUCAAGGACUUCCAGACUCUGAUCACCGCCGUGGUGUCGCCGAAGAUCCGCUCGAUUGGCAACAUUGCUAAUGACCUGACCACCGGUGUGCUGACCACGAUUACCGCCUUCAGUGGCUCCUCCUCGGGCGGCGGAAAUGCGAACGCCGGAUUGGGCAAUGUGGUGUCCAAGUUCCUCAGCUUUUCGGGACCAAUCCUGCAGGGAUCCUCUGGCGGAGUCAAUGGAAUCGCCGGCGUGACGACACCAGCUCCCGAUUCUGAUGAGGCGGGCUACUAGGAGGUGUAAUAGCAACGAUCCAAGGCCAACUAAUGGAAGCUGUAAUUUAUCGUUGAAUCCCUAUUCGUUUCUUCCCACAUCCAUCAGAAUCUUUGUUGAAUUUCCAACCCCCUCGCUCGAAUCGUUUUUAUUUUUUUGUUUACACCCUAGUUAAGUUUCAUGUUUGUAAAUAUUCGGCAUAAACAAAUAUAUAUAUUUAGAGAAAUUCACGACACUACAAAAGCGAAUAAAACCGAAAACAGAAAACCAA